AUGAAGAUCAAAUUGCCGCGAGACAGAUUCCCGUCGACAUCUUCGACGGACGAGAAUGAGAGUGGCACCGAUUGGGAUGCGGACCCGAGCCGCGCAGGCGUGCUACACAUGCGCCACCCACCGCCACCACAGGGUAUCGUAGUCGGGUCGGUGCGCAAGAGACGCGGGAACCUGCCCAAGCACUCAGUGAAGAUCCUGAAGAGAUGGUUGUACGAUCAUCGGUACAACGCGUAUCCUAGCGAUGCUGAGAAGCUUGCGUUGAGCCAGGAAGCUAACCUGACAGUAUUACAGGUAUGCAACUGGUUCAUUAACGCUCGCCGCCGAAUACUGCCAGAGAUGAUCAGACGCGAGGGCCACGACCCGCUCCACUACACCAUUUCCCGAAGGGGUCGGAAGCAACCUGGGGCCAUUGCCGGGAUAGGAGUGGGGGUCGGACAGAUGGUGGGAGUUGGAACCAUGGUAGGGUUGCCGGGAGCUUCUACUUCGGGGAUGGCGUUGGCAACCACUGCCAAUGUCACCGUUGCUGCUUGGGAUAGCGUUAAAGUUGAUGUGAGUUACCACAGCCGUGGUCACGAUUACGGCGAUGGGUUGCUGGUAUACCGCAGUGAUGGUGACGAGCUGGUGGACGCUGAGGAGGGUUACUCCAGCGCCAUCAGCGAGGAGGAAGUGAAGUAUGACCCGUCGGUGUGGCAGUCUGUCAUCCGCUAUGGGCCUGAGGAGCGGGACAUGCAUCCAGCUAAUAGGCGGCCCGGGGCAGUGGUAACGGUAGCAACUUCAGAAGACAUGGAAGAGCAACUCGGCGAGAGCGGCAGCGUGGAGGGUGGUGGGUGGCACCCCCAGCUGGCCCACUUGCCCCAGCUGCCUCACCCGCUGCGCCGCCGGCAGGUGGUGCCGAGUGCCGUGGAGGGGGAGCAUGAUAAGUUCAAGUGCCUCUACCUGCUGGUGGAGACGGCAGUCGCCGUGCGCCAGCGGGAGAAGGAACAGGAAGAGUUUAGAGGGCCCGAGGGUAGACUCUAA